AUGGUUUGUUGGCAGGCUUUUCUUCGAAACUCUUAACUCUCAUUUGUCUUUAAGAGUUGUUUGGUACUUCAGUCUCUGUAUUCUCAUCUUACUUAUCCUACUUAUCUUAUUAAGUAAAUUGUUAAAAGUCUGAAUUCAAAAAUUACAACAUUUGAUUUUCCAACAUAUUUUAAUAAUCAAAUUAGUUAAUAUUCAUUAAUCAAUUAGAUCAACGUUAAAUAAUCAAACACAGAUUAUUCAAGAAAAAAUAAACAUUGAUCAUAAAUACAAAUUACCAAUAUUGUUGGAUAAACAAAUCUCUUUAAAACCAUUUAAAUAAUCAAUAUUACAAUUAAAAUCUAAGUUAAUUAUUAAAUCUAAAAAAUACCUAAUACCUAAAAUAGAAAUUUAAAUUUAUUAUGGAUCCUUAUCUAAGGUUAGAUUUGAUGGAAAUUAUGAAUAAAAAAUCAAUAUAGAGAGAAUGUUAUAAUAAUUGAUGAUAAUGAAAAAGGAGUUUUGA